ACUGCACAUGCACCUUAAAUUUUAGUUACUUCCUUUUAUUUUGAAGAUUAUAUCACAUAAAUCCUUGACAAAAGUAUCAAAUUAUAAAAUCAUCAAAAAUAGCAGAGUCCCCAUUUUCACAAGCAAAGCCCAAUAAGAAGUUUCAAAAAACUUCAAAAUUAUAAAAUCAGCAAAAUACAUUAAAAUUGCAGUAUUUUCUAAAGAAAAAAAAUGAGAACACAUUGGAAAAAAAAAGAAGAAAAAAAAAAACCGGAAAAGAUCGCAUUAAGGCUUCUUGUCGUUCAAGUUUGAAGCUUCGAAAUUCUCUCUCAUCCCUUUCCCCACUUCCAACCAAAACACUCAAGAACCCACCUUUAAUCUGUCCUUUCAAUUUCACCCAGGUUCAUGAAUUGUAUCAUCAUUUGCGUUAUGCAGAAAUUGGAGUAGUCAAUUUUAAAAUCCAAUGAUAAUUUUACUCUUGGUUUGGAAAUAUGGUUUAGUUUGAGCACUUGGGUUAUGAUUAAUUUUGGGUUUGAGUGAAGUUGGCAUUUGCAUUGUUAUAGUUUGUCAUUUGAUCGGAAUUUUAGCAAGUUUUUGAUUGAUGGGUAUUCGUUAAAAGAUGGAUUCUUUUUAGUUUGAUGUUGGGUUGAUGGGUCCUGAAGUAGAUAUGAGUGGGAAAUUCGAUACUCCGAUGGAGGUUUCGCCGGUCAGUAUGAAGGAUAAUAGUACUGUUAAGUUGUCUGAGGAGAAGUUGGUUGUUUGUACUAGUAACUGUGAGGAUCACGGGUUCGUUGAUGCUCCUGUUGCUAAAACCCCGGAAGAGAACCCGAUUACGACGUGUGCUAGUAGCUAUGAGGAUAGUGGUUUUCACAUGGAUGUUUCUGGGGUUGACUGUGAUCAAGGUAUGGCUUCUAAUGGGAAUAAUGUGGAUGUGGAGGUUGAUAUUGUGGAGAAUGUGGAAUCCGAUGAGGAAAUGGUGUCCGAGAGGGAAUCUUUGGAUGCAACAGAGAACUCGAGCUCAUUCGGGUGUACAGAUUCUGAGACUGGAACUGCUGGGGCAUCAAAUGAUGUUGAAGUUGAGUCUGAAGUGCGGAAUGAUAAUUCAUCAUUGAUGGAAUUCGAUGGAUUUAAUGAUCUGUUUAAAACCAGGAAGAAGAAAUUAACAGCUCAGUGGAGAAAGUUUGUGCGCCCACUGAUGUGGCGGUGUAAAUGGGUUGAGCUACAGAUUAGGGAACUACGCUCCCAAGCUUCCAAGUAUGACCGUGAGCUUGCAGAAUGUGCUAAAACAAAGCAGUGUGAGUUGGAGAAAUAUGCUACUGAAGACCUUGCAGUGAAGUCAGCUCCUUCUGUUUGCCAGAAUCGGCCAGUAAGGGUUAUGAAGAGGAAGAAACGGAAAAGAGUUGAAGAAACAACAGACUUGGCUGCCUACUCAUCAUGUCAUAGCUUGUUCUCAUAUUUUGUAAAUAAGAGGCGUUCUGGUGAUUCAGCUUAUUUGGAUGAUGAUCAUGGCAAUACUGAAAAGACUACUUCUGGCGUUGGUGAAUUUGGCAUUAAUGGUGAAUGGUCAUUCCUUGAUUUCAAGGAUAGUGAUUCCUUUGAAAAUAUAUUACGGAAUAUUGAAGUGGCUCAAAUGCAUGUCCGCCAGCUGAGAUCAAGAAUUGAUAAGGUGGUCAGGGAAACUGCUGAAAUUUCAAGCUUUGCUCCUGGUAAAGCAUUGGUAAAUUCUGGCCCUAGUUCAAUUUUGGCCCAAGUAGAUGGUGAAAAUUUUCAGAUAGGAUCUCUGCCUACUACUACUCGGCAGACAUUGGAAAAUAAGAUGAUCAUGCCUGAAAAUGUAGUCUCUGGCCAUAGGGAAGUAAACCCGGCUAACAUGAUUGCAACUGCUGACCAGCAGCAAUUUGGGAGGAAAUGUGGCAAGAUUGAUAAGAAGAUUCUUGUCGCUAAUCAACCAGUGAAGAAAGAGUUUAAUCAUACUGAAGUUGUUGGGACUCGACCUACUGCAGAACUUCAUUCGGGAACUGAAGUGAAACCAGAGAAUGUUGAACAUGUCCCAGAUCCCAACUCUCCCAGCAAAAUGACAGUAAGUCAAGAGCAACUGGCUGUAAAAGUACGGUCCAAGUUGACUACCCCCAAGAACAAAAAAAAGCGUGGGAGACGCAAGGCUCGAACUGGUAGGUGGAGCCGAAAAUCAUCUGGUUAAUGAUAAGUAAAUAAUAGGCAAUUGCUAUUUGAUUUUAUAUUAUAGUAGUUGGUUAGUGUUCUACUUUUAGAUAUAACCUGAAAGAAAGACCUGGAGAUGAAGGAUAGAAAGUGCGGGCGGUAUAAGAAGGCUGAAUCUAUCGCUUUUCCUUGAUCCAGGCAUUUGUACAUGCUUUUUGAAUCUCUUCAAAUACCAAAUACCUCCUCCAUGUUAAAUUAAGUAAAUUCUUUUUUACAGGCAUGA